AAACUUAGACCAGUUGUGCUAAACUGAGGAUUAAAUGGAGGAAGAAAACUGGGGGGAAUAUAUAAAACUACAGUACAGAUGAAAUUUUGUCAUGCAUUUUGAAAUUAUGCUUGUUCAAAAUGGGACCACAUUUACUAAAAUACAAGUAAAAGCUACAUAAUGGCAAAAUAAGGGUGUUACACUCCUCACAUCAGAAAAACUUCAAGUCAAAUUAACCCAGAUGUUUAGGAUUUACCCAAAAGGAAAUUGAGGCUGAGCAAACUAUGGGGAAGCUUAUUUUUCCAAAACCAUUUCUUGUCGAGAAUUUCUUUGUAUCCUACUUUUUAUUUUGCCACAGCACAGAGAAAUGCAUUAUUUUCUGGGUUCUAAACUCUGUUACCCCCAUAAAGUGACACCAAUUCCACCAAUUCCUUUACUAGGACAGAGAGAGAAGGAAGAGUGCCGUGCAGCCUAAUAAGGAAUGCAAUUUAUUUUUUCACGGUGCACAUUAAUCUGCUGUUUUCCCAAAAAAAAAAAAAAGAAAAAAAAAAAAAAAAAAAGGAAAAAAAAAAAAAAAAAGAAAAGAAAAGAAAAGAAAAGAAAAGGAAAAUCCAAACAAACCCUGCAACUCCUGCCAAACAGCCUGGCCUUAUCUCCUUCUUCACGAGUUCAUUCACAGUUCCAGCCGCAGUCCCAGCUGAGGGUUUGUGUGUCAGGAGCGCACGAGGCUCUGCACUUUCGGUCAGCCCGGAGCUUUUCUGGAGUCCCAGGGACAUCCCUGGAAGAGCCAUCCCAGCACACACCCCUCUGGAGACUGACACAGCCCAGAGAAUUCCAGAAUUCCAGAAACAGAGGGAUCAGUGUUUGCAGGAGCCACUUCGGAGCUCGAUGUGCCCCGAGCAGCGUCUGACCCCAGCCAGGCAAGGAAGGGGAGAUACAUCUCUAAUUCCAGCCUGUGUCCAGAAGGAAGAGGAAAGGAACUGACACACAGGACCUUUCCAAACAGGAUGUCUUCAGCAGUGCAGCUCUUCCGAGAUCAGCGGUACCACGAGCUGAAGGGGCAGUGCCUCCAGCAGGGCAGGCUCUUUGAGGACCCCGAGUUCCCAGCCUCGGAUGAAUCCCUUUACUAUGACUCAGCAGCAAGAGGGAAAGUGGAAUGGAAGCGGCCAAAGGACCUCUGUGAAGAUCCCCACCUGCUCGUGGACGGGAUGAGCUCCCACGACUUCCACCAGGGCAAGCUGGGGAACUGCUGGUUUGUGGCUGCGUGCUCCUGCCUGGCUCUGAGGAAGAGCCUCUGGCAGCAGGUGAUUCCAGACUACAGCGAGCAGGAGUGGGACCCCAGGAACCCGGGGAGGUACGCGGGGAUUUUCCGAUUCCGCUUCUGGCGCUUCGGGGCGUGGACGGAGGUGGUGGUGGAUGAUCUGCUGCCAGCAGAGCGUGGGGAGCUGAUCUUCUGCCGUUCCAACGUCAGGAAUGAGUUCUGGAGUGCCCUGCUGGAGAAAGCUUAUGCUAAGCUGGCUGGAUCCUACCAAGCCCUGGAUGGAGGCUGUGCUGCAGAAGCCCUGGUGGACUUCACUGGAGCAGUGGCAGAAUCCAUUAAUUUGGCAGAGGGCAAAUAUGGGGAGGUUAUUUCUGAGCAGAUGAAGCUGUUUGAAGACUUGAUGAAAGUGCAUAAACGAGGAGGGUUCAUCAGCUGCUUCAUCUCGGAGUCCUCCGGGCGCCCCAGCGAGGCAGAGACGGCGAUGGGGCUCAUCGUGGGCCAUGCCUACUCCGUGACUGCCAUCAGGAAGCUGCGCCUCGGGGAGAGGCUCCUCUUCUCCUUCCAGGCUGAAAAGCUCUUCAUGAUCAGGCUGAGGAACCCCUGGGGGAAAAAGGAAUGGCACGGUGCCUGGAGUGACACUUCUGAAGAGUGGAAGAAAGUCAGCGAUUCUGAGCGCAAGGAUUUGGGGCUCACUGUUGAGAACGAUGGAGAGUUCUGGAUGACGUUUGAGGACUGGUGUAAGAAUUUCACGGAUGUGGACAUCUGCAGGACUGUGAACACCUCCUACUUCAGCCUCCACAAGACCUGGGAGAAGGAGAUGAUGUUUGGGGCUUGGGCAAAGCAUCCAGAGCCCCUGCUGAACCGAUCUGGGGGCUGCUUUGACAACAGAGAGACCUUCCUGCAGAACCCCCAGUACCUGUUUGAUGUUAAGAAGGCCGAGGACAAAGUGUUGGUGUCAUUGCAGCAGGAGGAUCGCCGCAAGUACAAGAGAGAGGGGAAGGGAGACAACCUCACCAUUGGCUUUGAAAUCCUCAAGGUGGAGGACAACAGGAGGUACAGGCUGCACCAGCUCACGGUGCAGGAGAGAGUGGCCACGUCUCCCUACUCCAACACACGCAGCGUGUUCCUGAGGAGGAGCCUGCCCCGCGGCCGCUACGUCCUCGUCCCCACCACCUACAUCCCCGGGGUGCCCGCUGCCUUCAUCCUCAGGCUCUACACAGACGUGCCCUCCAAGCUCAGGGAGCUGAAGGCAGAUAGGCCUAAAAUGACCUGUUGGAGUCUUCUCUGUGGAUACCCACGCAGAGUCACCCAAAUCAAAGUCCACUCUGCAGAGGGUUUGCAGAAAGAGGACGGAUCAGGAGGAGCAGAUCCCUACGUGCUCAUCAAGUGUGAGAACCAAAGCUGGCGCUCCCCAGUGCAGCACGGCACCACCAGCCCCGUGUUCAACACCCAGGUGAUCUUCUACAGGAAGGACAUUGACAGUCCUGUCACCAUCCAGGUGUGGAGCAGCCGCCUCGUCCGUGACCAGUUCCUGGGGCAGGCGGUGCUGGCAGCCUCCCCCGCCGAGCCCCGGCGGCAGCAGCGGCUGCGGCUGCGGGGCAGGGGCGGCGGGGAGGCGGCCGAGCUGCCGGGUCACAUCAUCGUCACCGCCCUGAGCAGCGACGACCUCGCCGAGCUCUGAGCGCCGCAGCCGCACGGAGCUGUCACCCCGCUGCAGCCGCGCCGGGGCACAUCAGCAUAAUCGCUUUAAAAGGGGGGGAAACCCUCCACAGCUCUCCACGUUAGCAUUGGUAAUGGGCAGAGAGGCGUCGGGAGAGGGGAAAUGCAUAUUUAUACGUGUCUGCGCUCGUGGUGCAGCUCAUGCGGUGGCAGAGGGGGCAAUGGGAUGCUGGCAGAUGAGUUCACCAGGGUGUGAGCAUCAGCUCCAUCGGGCACCCAGCAGCAGAUUGGGGAAUGGCAAGUACAAGGGGCAUCCACGGGGAUGUUUUUUCCCCCCCUAUAGAAGGAUAUAAAUUUCUUGAUGAAUUUCACUACAGAUUAGGUGUUUCUGUUUCUUGGUGAAAACUCGAGGAGCUCGGUCAUAGCUCGUGGCCUUAAGACCAAUCUUGCCAGGACAUAUUAAAAGGAGAAGAUCUUGCAGUGCCUGUUUGAACAUCAUAGCAAAUAAGAGCUUUGUCCACCCAAAGGCUCUCAGACUGACUUUCUGAUUCUUCUCUUCUCCAUCUUGAGCUGGUGUCUCACAGUUUGGUGUCACAGUUCAGCUGUGGCUUUGCUCAGAGCACAGGUUCAGUAGUGGGAGCCUCCUUGCUUUGUCUAAGCCACAUAAUGCUAAAAAUGGAAACACAGCUCUUGUUUUGGCAGAUGCAGCACCAGCCUGAAGAGGAGAAAAUGAGCUCAUGAGAAGGAUGAGUUUGUAAAAUCAAGGUGCUGUUCCCUGGCAGGUGUCAGGUCUCACUCUCAAAAUGUUGCAGUCAUUUGUUGCUGGCACGGCUGAUGCUUGAUGGAGUUUCACUUGGGUACCAGGAGGGAUGGGUGUUAUUUCACAUUUCCCUCAGAGCAGGGGCCUGGUGCCAGCUCCUCCCUUCCCCUGCAGCCCAUGGCAGGGUUCCCUCAGCAGCUGCCUGGGGCGGGCAGUGACCCUGGCAGGGCACGGGGCUCUCUGUGCCAGACACUCAGAAAUGGAUUUUACACAGCUGCAGGUUCUGGGUGCUAAAGUGAAGCUCAAGGACUGCUCUGCCUUUUUUACAGCCAGGAAAUUGGGAUUCCUGUGUGCCUCGUAGCCACUUCAGCCACAAUGUGCGAUUUUCACAAUUUAUGAAAUGGCCCUUGACAGAGUUAAUGUUUUCACAAAGGGUUUUGAAGUCUCCUCGGGGCUACAAAAGGAUCAUUGCUGUGGUGGGAAAACGCUUUCUGUGACAUGCCAGAGAUGGACUGUGGGGCUGUGAAUGAUGCUGCAGUGCCAGCUUUGCUGCAUGCACCGAGGAGCUGAACCCAGCUCUUUUCAGACAGUUUGGGCUGAGGCCCUCUGGCACAGCAGAGAUCUCAGAGGUGUGAACUACAAGCCCCACGGGCAAGUGACAUUCUCUGCAAGCUCACGGCUUCAGGACUGCUUACUCUGUAAACUGAGAAUUAUCUUUUUAAGGCAUAAACUGUCUCUUGCAGAGCAGAGCUUGGACGAGGAGAACUGCAAAUGUCAGGGCUGCCCUAGUCCUGCACUGAGCCCUGUUUGCUUUGCUUUUCCUCACCCACGGUUCCAGGCUGUGGGAUCUGCAGUGUCCCCCGUGGGAUGGGGCCCUUCCCCGGGCAGGGCUUGCCCAAGGGUCAGUGUUUAGCCUGAAAGAAGUUCCACUCCUCGAUGGCACCAGAGGUUUGUGCCUCUCACAAUUUGGCUGAGAAAGCUGCUGAGGGCACAGAGCCCCCUCAGCUCCACGCUCCCUUGGCUCUGUCCUUGGAGCCCCACUGGUGGCCCCCAACGCCAGCACCAGCACCCUGCCUCUGCAGAGGGCUGUCCCCAGCAUCAGGGGACACAGGGAGUGUGACAGCACCUCUGGGGCAGGUACAGCCUGGCCGGUGGGCAGCACAGACACGGUGACUGCUAGGCCUCGAUCACUGUGCCAGCUCCAGACAUCCCCCAGUUUGUCCCGGGGCAUGGGGACACACUGCUGGCAGUGCUGCCCUGAGGGACUGGCAGUGCUGGGAGCUGCGGGGGGCCCAGCAGCAUGCCUGGACCUCUGCACUGAUUAUUUUUGGGAAUUAUUUGCUUUUCCCACCAGGAGGAGCUGAUCCAGCCUGGGAACACAGCUGGCUCUGCUGGUUUACAGAUGCCUCUGCCUUCCCAGGUGAAUCAAGGCAAGGGCAGGCUGACAGGGGCUUGUGCUGCUGCCUGCUCCUGACACUGGUAGUUAAAAUUGUUCAUUUUUUAACAUGUUGGGGUUGUUUUUUCGGUAGGGGAAGGCUGCACGUAUGUACACACUCGAGCUACCGUGGAAAUGGGUAUAAAAUGUUUCAUUGCAACCUUUUGUAACUUUUCAAUGCCAAGUGACCUAAAUAAAAUUUUACAAAAAAAUUAUACAAUUUUAGUGAU